UUCAGAAGCAACUAACUCUUAAACCAGAAAGCAGAGAAUGCAAUGACAAAGCACUUGAGGUUCUGUAAACUAAAUACGAUAAUGUUAUGGGUUUCCCCGAUGAUGUCUUGUAAAAAUGGUCGUUCUGUGGCUGAUGAUUUAAAAUAACAACCUGGACUAUUGAGUGCCACCAUUCAGUAGAGUACAAACCUGAUGUUGGCGAAAACAAGAAAGAAUUCUAUUUCUUUUCGAUCUGAACGGCACCAACCGGAUUGUUCAAUGAUGACAACUUUUUGCAAGCUUUGGAACUACCUCCCCUGAAAGCACCACCAGCUGUUGAAGUCUUUUUCUGCUGUUAGCCCUUCCUUUUAAUGCUUCUUCGUUUAUCUCUAAACGAAUUGGGAGACCCCGAGAAACUUUAAUUACUAGUCCUUCUCCAGCUGAAACAACAUUGGUAUUGAAGUGAUCCAAUGGGUCAUAGGCAAAAUAUUCAUGCAUAUAAUGGGCAUAUUCAGCAUACAGUGAUAGAUGUAGGGAAGCCGAUGAAUUAUAGCGGUGGCCUAGAAUUUAAUGAUCUUACUUACACUGUGAAAAAGAAGCUUAAAGAUGAUAACGGAAAGUGGCUAAACCAAGAUGUGGACUUGUUGCAUAAAAUUACUGGAUAUGCACCCAAAGGGAGCGUCACUGCAGUCAUGGGUCCUAGUGGUGCUGGGAAGUCGACUCUUCUGGAUGGUUUGGCUGGAAGGAUCGCUAGUGGGAGUCUCAGGGGAAGGGUCUCUCUGGAUGGGGUCGAUACGAGCCCAAGUUUGAUCAAAAGAACUUCUGCAUACAUAAUGCAAGAUGAUCGACUCUUUCCAAUGCUUACUGUUUAUGAAACCUUAAUGUUUGCUGCUGACUUUAGGCUGGGGUCUAUCUCGAGGACUGAAAAGAUUCAGCGUGUUGAGACGAUGAUCGAGCAGCUUGGUUUGGGGUCAACUCGAAAUACUUACAUAGGUGAUGAAGCAACUCGAGGAGUGUCUGGUGGUGAGCGUCGUAGAGUCUCGAUUGGUGUGGACAUUAUCCACGGACCAUCUUUACUCUUUCUUGAUGAGCCGACAUCAGGCCUAGACUCCACCAGUGCUCAAAGUGUCAUUGAGAAAGUGCAGGAUAUAGCUCGCUCUGGAAGCACUGUGAUUCUCACAAUUCACCAGCCUUCAUCGCGCAUCCAGCUGCUUUUAGACCACCUAAUAAUCCUAGCUCGUGGUCAGCUUAUGUACCAAGGAUCUCCCAAAGAUGUGAAUUUACAUCUUGGGCGAAUGGGACGUCGAAUGCCUAAGGGAGAAAAUCCAAUUGAGUACCUCAUUGAUGUAAUACAAGAAUAUGAUCAGUCUGACCAUGGAGUUGAGGCACUGGCUGAUUUUGCUUUAACAGGCAUGAAGCCCCCGGUCCUGACAGACGAGGAGAUGUCGAUUACUACAAUACCCCCCUCGCCUACACCACCACGCAAUCAGGGCAAGGGCUCCUCUGGGAAACGGUCACAACCAAAAACACAAAAUGAGGAUGAGUUUGACAACAGUCUGAGGAGUCCUUGGAAUCAGUCAAGAUCAUGGAGUGCAAGCCAGAGUGGAAUCAUUCGAACGCUGAAAUUUACUCCCAAGCAACGUAACGAGAGUAAAGCACAAAAUCCCAUGAGUUCAUCUCCAAGCUACUACACAUACUCAAGUGAAAUCCUAGCUGCAGGCACUCCAACACCACAUAGCAGUGACUACACCGUAGACGAAAAUGACUACCGAACCCCCAAUGUGGCACCUGCAAACAUGAAGCACCAAUAUCUAGGCCCGAAAUUUGCAAAUUCGUUUUUAUCUGAGACAUGGGUUUUGAUGCGCCGCAACUUCAUAAACAUUAGACGCACACCUGAGCUCUUUCUUUCCAGACUGUUGGUUCUUACUGUCAUGGGUAUUCUGAUGGCUACUUUAUUCCUUCAUCCUAAAGGUAAUCUCCAAGGAAUCACAAAUCGCCUCAGUUUCUUCAUUUUCACCGUCUGUCUCUUCUUUUUCUCUUCCAACGACGCUGUCCCUGCUUUUAUCCAAGAACGCUUCAUUUUUGUCCGCGAAACUUCUCAUAAUGCCUACAGAGCCUCUUCAUACACCAUUGCUGGAGUCAUCACAUACCUUCCUUUUCUAGCAAUUCAGGCUGGCGUCUACGCUGGGAUUGUCUGGUUCCCAUUAGGCCUUCGAGGAGAGUUCUACUACUUUUUCAUAGUACUCUACAUGUCUCUCCUCUCCACCAACUCAUUCGUCGUGUUUGUCAGCUCAGUAGUCCCAAACUACAUAAUGGGCUACGCAGCAGUCAUUGCGUUCACUGCUCUGUUUUUCCUAUUUUGCGGCUACUUCCUGAACAGCGACGACAUCCCUCCUUACUGGGUAUGGAUGAACAAAAUUUCAACAAUGACAUAUCCGUAUCAGGGGUCUUUGAUGAACCAGUUUCAGACUACAGAUGUGUUUGGACAAAAUCCCGGAGGACAAAAUGUGACUGGGAUCGCAAUUCUGGAAUCACUCGCAAUAAGUACCAAAGAAUCAAAAAAGUGGUACAUGGUUCUGAUUAUGUUCGGGUGGGCUGUUCUGUAUAGAGUCUUGUUCUAUAUAGUCAUCCGUUUUGCCUCAAAGAACCAGAGGUCAUAGAGAUCACUAUAGUUAUAAGAUUGAAUUUCAUUUCUCAA